GAAAUCUUUACAAACAAGGCCUAUCAUGUAUACUAACGUAAUUAUUGUAUAAUAUUUUACUAAAGAGGGUAUCCAUACAUAAUAGUCACGAAUACAUAUCUCUUGGUUAUACAACCAACUUUCCACCUUUUAUGACUCUAAUGAAAUAUAUAUAUACAUAUAUAUAUUAUAAAUAAUAAAGUAUAGUUAUUCUCAAUUCGUGGUAAAACAAAGGAAAUUUAUUUAUUAAGGCACAGAUUCAUUGUGCAAAAUUUUACAACAUUAACUGCAUUCCAUGGGAUCAAUUUCGAUUAAGGGCCUUGACGGUUUUGAUUUUAGACCGUGGCGUAAACAAAAUCGAGGAGAUUACAAGGAGUUACAUAUUUAUGAUUUUGAUAAUACAUUAUUUCAAACUCCUUUACCCAAUGCGAACAUCUGGAGUAAUCAAGCGAUUCGUGUUUUAAUGGGAUUUAAUAUUCUAGCAAACGGAGGAUGGUUCUUUGAUCCUCGGGUGUUGGCGUCUACGGGGGAAGGCGUUGAAAUAGAAGAGAAGCGUGCUUGGGCCGGAUGGUGGAAUGAAAGAAUUGUUGCCCAAGCUAGGGAAUCCAUUCGUCGGCAGGAUGUUUUGGCGGUCUUACUAACUGGUCGUAAUGAACGGUUCAGGAAGAUUACCGAAAAGAUAGUUAAAAGCAAAGGUUUGCACUUUGAUGGAGUUGUAUUUAAGCUUCAAUGUGCGACCGGUUCUUGGCCACAGACGUUGACUUUCAAACUUUGGUUUUUUGAACAAGUUUUUCUGCAGUUUCCCAAUGUUCAGUCUCUACGAGUUUAUGAAGAUCGCCCUUCUCAUAUAGAAUCAUUUUCUGCUUGGCUAGCUAAACGAGCAGAUGAAGUUGAAAACUUUAAUUUUGAGAUUAUUGCAGUUGCCGAACCUCCUAAGUACUUAAAGUAUACCACGGAGAUAAAAUUGGUACAAAACAUGAUAGCUUCUCACAAUGUGAAGGCUCCUUCUCUUAGACUGCCAAUGUACAAGUUUGUAAAAAAUGUUACAAGCUCCGUUGUUACCGUUUCUACAACUGAGCUGCAUCAUCUUCGAAAUGCGUUUUUCAAUGUUCCCAUUACAGACAUUAUGGAAAGUGUCAGCGUUAACUCUUCCAGGGUAAACUCUCCCGAUAAUGAGCCUCAAAUUCCUGAACCCGAUUUGCCUCCAGAUACCCCGUAUAGCUCUUUUCCUGGAGAAAAUUGGAUUGUAACGGCAUUGGGCCGCUAUCGUGAUGAAUAUUGGGCAGUUCGUGCAGAAGCAUGGGAUCAUCGCUCACAAGGAAGUAUCCGUGAUCCAAAUACUGCAAAUAUUCCCUCACUUUAUGGAACGAUCCUGUACAUUUCCAUGUCAACAGGAAUAGUGACAUCCGAGAUUUCUGAUAUUGGUGCUCAACAAUGGAAGGUUCUUGACCCCAACGAACGAUGGAUUAUGAAGACCAAUAUUAGACGAGAAUGUACACAUGAUAUCCGUUACAAGCGUCCGUAUAAACCUGCUCGUAAAUAUACGGAUAUGAUGGAUUUGGAAAACCAGCGUGCUUCUCCGUUUACUGGUUCUAUGCAUCGACCAAUCUAGUUUGGCAGCAUUCAAUGAUUGUAUUUAUUUCCUUUGAUAAUGACUUUUUUGGUUCUCAAUUCAGCCCAUCCUUUAAGUUUGGCCAGGCGGUUUUUUAUUUUUUUUUUUUUAAAAAAAAAAACAAAAAAGAGAAGUGUUUCGGAUUUUUUAUGAAGUUUUGGUUCAACCCUGUCUAUGUCUACUCCUUACUAGUAAUUAAUUGUUCUCCAUUUUUCAAUAAGGAUGAAAUUGGAAAUCCUAAGUAUAGAAUGAAUACCGGUC